GCUGAUUGGUCAGAUUCUCGUGGUCUGUGGGCUGGUAUUUUCAACACUCAGGCAGAACAUGGCGGCGGACCAGCAGUGGACGGGUGCGGACCCGGGUUUCCCGGACUUACCGCCUGACUUUAGCGGGAAUACUGGCUUCGAAGAUGGGUUGCUGGAUGAUAUUGAUGACAUGCUCCAGCAGUUUGGGGAUGGGAAUGGAGAUUUCCUUCUCAAUGCUGCUCUCGAUCCGUUGGUGGGAGGACAGGACACGUCGAGCCUGCUGUCCCCUCCCAUCUCACCCCCCAGGGACCAGUUCAACUUCAGCAUGAACCAAACCUUACCACAACCCCCCUCCCAGCAGACCACCGCCCCCCUCCAGCAUUACGGCGGGAACGGACAGAAUGUCUCGCUGCAGAAUCUUCUAAACACGCAGCGGAGCGGCAGCUUCAGUCCCAACACGGGCGUGCAGGUGCAGCAGCUGUAUCAGCAGCCGCAGGGUACGGUAUCUCCAGUGCAGCAGCUGCAGAGACAGCCGCAGCUGUCCCCAGCCAGCCAGGCACCUUCUCCUCAACCUGUACAGCAACAGGGACAGAUACACCAGGUGGUGAUCCAGCCUCAGGUAUUGUCAAUCAUCAAGACAGACUCCUCAACAUCCUCCACGGCUACGACAGCUGCUGUCUCGGCUCCGCUGCAGACAGCUGUCGUCAACGGCAACACCAUCCUCACAACCACCAUUCCCAUGAUCAUUGACGCCGAGAAGCUGCCAAUCAACCGGCUAACGGUGGCCAAACCGGCGUCUCCCGUACAGAAGGUGGAGAAGCGGUCCUCCCACAAUGCCAUCGAGAAGCGCUACCGUAGUAGUAUCAACGACAAGAUCAUCGAGCUGAAAAACCUAGUCGUGGGAGAGGAGGCUAAGAUGAACAAGGCUGGAGUACUGAGAAAAGCCAUUGACCACAUCCACCACCAGGAGAAGAUUAUCAACAAACUAAAACAGGAGAACCUGCAACUCAAGAUGGCUCUACAGAAAAGAGCGUCAUUGUCGGAGUUGGUCGUAGGAGGGCAGACAGAGGCGAAGGUGGAGACACUAGACAUGCUGACACCACCGUCAUCCGAAACUGGCUCCCCCCGGCGGUAUCUCUCGGAGUGCAGCAGCGACUCGGAGCCUGGCAGUCCCGAGAGCAUCAAGGUGAAAAAGGAAGAAGAUGCCUUCAACCCCUGCGGCCUGUUGGACAGAACCAGAGUCGCCCUGUGUGUCUUCAUGUUUGCCUGUCUGGCCUUCAACCCAUUCGGCACUCUGUUUGGCGGGGUAGGCAGCAGUGGUGGUAUCGGUGCGGACUACAUGCAGGCGCACAACGGAGGGCGUAUUCUGCAGGGUGACUUGUCAGAUGUAGAGCUGAGCUGGCAGGAGUGGCUGUUCCCCACGCUGUGGCUGUGGCUGUUGAACACGGUCGUGGUGCUGGGCGUGUUGACGCGGAUUCUCGUGUACGGCGAACCGGUGACCGUCCCCCGCACCAAAGCCUCCACGACAUUCUGGAGGCACCACAAGCAGGCAGAGGUGGACAUCUCCAGGGGUGAUUACGCCUCGGCCACACAACACCUGCGGACCAGCCUGACCGCGAUCGGCCGCCCGCUCCCCACGUCCAAGUUCGACCUGGCGUCCAGCCUGUUCUGGAACCUGGUGCGGCAGGGCCUCCAGCGGCUGUGGAUCGGGCGCUGGCUGGCGGGCUGGGCCGGUCGCGGCAGCGGGAAGGAGCACGGGAAGACGUCAGCACGCGAUGCGGCGCUGGUGUACCACAAACUGCACCAGAUGCACAUGACAGAUCACCUCCCGUGCGGCCGCCUUGCUGCCAUCCACAUGGCCUUGUGUGCUGUGAACCUGGCAGAGUGUGCAGAGGAGAAGCUCAGCUGUGAGGCCGUGUCCGAGAUCUACAUCACCGCAGCCCUCUGUGUCAGGAAGAACUUCCCAGAAAGGAUGCACUUCCUCGCUAGGUACUUCCUGAGUCUAGCCCGGCAGGUGUGCAGUUCGCGUGGUGAGGAGACCCCGGCGUCGCUCCAGUGGCUCUUCCACCCGCUGGGACACCGCUUCUUCGUGGACGGAGACUGGGGCUUCCAGGAGAUGGACAGCAUGUUCAGCUCCACUGGCAACCCAGUUGACCCUCUGUCCCAUCUAAGCCAAGCGUUCCGGGAGCACAUGUUGGAGAAAGCCCUGUACUCCCUGGUAACACCUUCCAACGCAAACAACAACAACCCCUCCAUGACAACACCCGACACCGAGGAGAAAACAGUCAGUUGCACGCAGCUAACGGAUACACAGGAGUAUCUCCAGCUCCUGAGCGAGUGUGCGGAUGCCGCGGGCUCGUCCAAGAACGUCACCUUCACCAUAUCCUCCAGCAUGGCGGCCAUGCCCGGCGUGGACGGGGUCGGGAAGUGGUGGUACUCCGUCCUGAGCGUGGCCUGCUAUUGGCUGGUGGGGGAAGACGACGCGGCAGAGAGACACUACGCCGUGGUGGACAGUCUACCCAAACAACUGGACCAAUCAGAGGAUAUGCUGCCCAAAGCUGUGCUGUCUGCCUUCCGUGCUCGCCGACUGCUGUUCAGCGCAGGGGAGGACAACAGUCACAGCUGCCUUCUGUACUGUGACAAGGCAGGAGCGCUGCUCCGACACAGCAUUGGCAUGGUAACCACCAAGGAACAGCAGGCGUCCAAACAGGCUGUCCAGCUGCUCGUCUGUGAUUGGUUGCUGUCCACGCGGACAGCAGUGUGGCAGAUGGCGUCUAACAGUGGCUGUGCUCGACCAGCUGAGCUGCGCGGCUUCCAGGAGGACCUGGCCAGUCUGAGGAAGAUCGCACAGGGACUCAAGCCUGCACUGUCACGGGUGUUCCUUCACGAGGCCACGGCACGACUUAUGGCAGGUGCCAGCCCCGCCCGCACACAGCAGCUGCUGGACCGCAGUCUCAGAAGACGCAACGUCUCACAGAAAGGUGAUGCCACAGCCUUCCAGAUCGGUGAGCGCGAGCGUGCGUCUGCUCUGAUGAUGGCGUGUAAACACCUCCCCGCGCCCGUCCUGUCGUCCCCCGGCCUACGGGCGAGCAUGCUCAGCGAAGCAGCGCAGACGCUAGAACACCUCGGCGAUCGCCGAGCGCUACAAGACUGUCAACAGAUGAUUCUCCAGCUAAACGUUUCGCCUGUCUCUAGUUGAGACAAAAUUCCAAAACCUUGAAAACUCAGCGAUAGUUGU